GGUCUCGGCACGGAGUCAGGUUACGGUUGCUCUCAUUUCAUAUGUGCGUUUUCAAGAAUUGCAUUUACGUAACUUAAAUGUUUUGGUGAAUUCACUGAUGAAUCGUCGAGUACCGAAGUCCAAGUCUUGGAAAACGAGACUGUCUGCUGGUGGAGCGAAUCGGACAAGUCUACAUGGUCAAAUGAGCAGAUAUCCAGAAGUAGCGGAAGAUUAUCUAAUUAUGCAACCUUCAAUUCGGCGAUCGAGUGGAUCUGAUUUGAUGCCUGUAGCUAGGUUCAAUAAUUUCAAACGCUGGAAUAGCUGCCUACAACAUGUAGAGUCUCAACCUGAAGAUAUACGUGAGUGGGAUCCUCCUCCUCCGUCUAGCCAUUGUCCUCAAAUAUAUCAUAAAUCACAAUAUUCUAGAAGAGAACGAUCACCUGAUAUCCUGACAGACGACAGAGGUCGUCCCAUUCCUAGAAGGGGCAUGUUUUUGAAUGCAAAGUACUCAGAAGCAGCUCGGCCUCCUAUCGACGAAGAUCGAAUUCGGCAUACGGAGGAUGUUAUCAAAAGGAUGUUAUAUAAGGGUCGUCGAAAAGAAUCUAUGGGAUAUUAUCCCAAUCGGAACCAUCUGAUGCGCGAUCAAAUCAGACAGACUGUUUACAACCUUGGCGUUCCAAAUGGUUACAGAGCUCCAGAGCAAGAUCAUUUUGAGGAUGACUAUGAUGAUCAGCCCGGACCAUCAAAUAGACACUAUGGAGUAUCCUCACAUCCUGAAUAUUAUCGAGAGGAUCGUUGGCGACUGGCAGAAGGCGACUAUGAAGUGGAUAAAGGAGACGGUUCUAGACAGCUGAACAAAGAAAAAUAUUUAAAAAAGCGACGGAAACAAAUGAUUGAAAGAGAAUCAGUUGAUUCGGAAAUCAGUGAGGAGGAAGAAGAAGAAGAAAUAUAUAAUAAACAAACAAAACGACGGAGAAGUCAGAAAACACCAAUUCAGCAUAAUAAAAAUAGAACAGAAUCACGGCUACACCAAAAAGAAAAAAGCUCCAGUGAUGAAGAAGUCCAUGAGAAAUCUACCAGCUCGCGUCAUUCCAAUGUCUCAAGAUCUUCUAAAUCGCCUUAUCUCAACGAUGAUCGCGCCCCAUCUAGAGGUAGUAAAUGUACAUCUUCUCAUCACAGUACUCCGAAACUUUUGACACCAAGUCCACAAUACUUGAAAGAUUCUGACGAUGAUGAUAACUGGAAGAAUUCGAUACCUUUUAUGAGCAGCUCAGAUGGUGCCGGAGCUGGAAUGCGAGUCCGAAUAGGAUCGGCAAUCGCCUCAUUGCCGUUGAGAGAUGAUUCGAAGAAUUCAUAUUCCGAAGUAGCAUUAAUGUUGCUUGAGAGAAGCGUUAAAAAUUUGAAAAACCCUCAAAAAAUGCUUAUUAAAGAGAAACCGCAAACUCGAAUUAUGAACAUGAGCACCUCAUGGGCUCAACAAGAUCCUAAGAAACGUAACGAAAAUGAUGAUGAUGAAAUUGUACCAGAAACGGAGAAAGCCGAAACAUCUCUCAUGCAUGACCUCUCAAGAAUCCAACAUCCUCAAAACGCGACAACAGUUCAAAUGGACCAAACUCUUUUCACAAAUUCAAAACUUAUGAAAAUUGAUGUUGCUAUUGCGAAGAAUUGGCUGGAUACUAAAAUGAAAAAGACAUUGAUUCCACCGCCAUUAUUCAGAUCUUCUCCAAUCAGCGAAGAUGUCUUUAAAUCCAGUGAUCGAAUCACUAUGCCAAGCACUAUCAAAGGUCCGGAAUCAACGGCCGUUGGAAAUCGUAUCAGUUCAGAUGGAGAAGAGGAAGAUUUUGCAACAAAGCAGUUCGACAUUGAUGAUUAUAUAGCACGCGGAGCAUCGAAAAUUGAUUUUUCCAAAACAAUCACUGCUCCAAAUACAAGUUUUCAAGAGCCUUCAACUUCACUAUUCAAGGAUCCAACAUUCUUCCGCCAAGAAUCGAAAGGAAACGAGAUGAAUAUUGAAUCAUUCUCUGAAAGGACUCCUUCAAAAAAUAGAACUUCGCAACAGAUGGAGUUUCAGAUAUCAACAUCUUCUAUUUCGAAAACAAAAACUAAUGCCUCACUCGACUCCAUUCAUAGAAGGAAGUCUAAACCCCAACCAAUGCUGGAGUUCGACGCGGAGACGCAAAAAAUGUUUGAUGAUGCGUUUCAAAGUGACAAAAAAUCUACAAAAGAAAAGUAUCCGUUCUAAUUUCUGAAAAAACAUCAGCACACUGUUCUAUUGGAUCCACUUCCUUUUUAUUCCAUCUUUAUUGUGAUAAUUAUCCCAUCUACUUCUCUAUAUUUCCUUUAUAAUUAAAUUGUUUAAUGUU